GCUAACGACACCGUUAACGAAUCGUCUACUGCGUAAAACGUCGCUUCCUUUUCCGGUUAGGUCCGACAAAGAGCCAAAAUGGUGCAGCGACUCACCUAUAGACGACGGCUGUCGUAUAAUACGAAAAGUAACAGGAGACGUGUCGUUCGUACGCCUGGUGGUAAACUUGUUUACCAGUACCUGAAGAAACCUAAGAAGAUCCCAAGAUGUGGACAAUGCAAAGAUAAACUUAGGGGUAUCCAGCCUGCCAGGCCAAUGGAACGCUCACGUAUGUGCAGGCGCAAAAAGACUGUAAAGCGUGUCUACGGCGGUGUCCUUUGCCACAAAUGUGUCAAGGAAAGAAUCGUUCGUGCGUUUUUAAUCGAGGAACAGAAAAUCGUCGUGAAGGUAAUCAAAGCUCAACAGGCUUCCAGCAAGCCCAAGAAGACCGAUAAAUAAGCUGUUCAUCUUUUAUUAAACGAAAAAUAAAACUAAAAAAAAUCUA